AUGGAGAGCACCAUGGAUUUCCAAGUGGACGCCCCAGUGGCCCCCAGUUUCAGCAGCGAUGACGCCAUGGAGCCGCCAGCCAUGGACACGGAGGAGGACAGGCCCACGGCACGGCCCAGUGUCCCCAAGUGUGACACGCAGCCGGGGGAACCCCCCUUGAGCACCCUCUGUCCCGGCUCCGAGCGGGACCAGCCUCUCCCCAAGACUGAGCAGAGGGACUCGGGGACAAUCCUGGUGGCUCUGGAUCCUGCAGGUGGUGGGGAUGCACAAGUGGAGCUUUGCUGGGAUUUGGGAAGAGAGACAGAAGAAGCGGAUGGCUGGAAGUCGCGUGCAGGGAGCACCUCGCAGCACACGGAGCCUCCCUGCGCCCCCAGCAGCGGCGACCUGGCGGGCAUGGAGCUGGACAAGGAGAACGCGGAGGACGAGCCCUCGGAGCUGCAGGGCCUGCUGGCCCAGCUACGGACCCUCGACACGAGCCCGCGCGCCGCCUCAGAGCAGGGAGCGCCGCUCUCCUCAGCCGCCGCUCCAACGGACACACGGAGCCCGCGAGGCUACCGGCAGUGCCGCGGCAAGUGCCGGCCCUGCCCGCUGCACGUGGCCACGGGCAGGGGCCUGGAGACGCGGCCCUGCUGCGCUCAGCACACGGCCUGUUCCCGGCCUUGCCAUGGGCUGCUCUUUGCCGAGGCCGAGCGGGAGGACUUGCUGAGCCUCCUGCGCUAUGAUGGGGGGCUGCCGGAGGCCCCUUCCGAGACACCCCUGGCCCACUCUGAUGUCCUGGCUGGCACCAACCUGGACAGACUGCAGGAUCUGGAGAAACCGGCCACUCUGGAUGCCCCUGAAGUGCCGGGCAGGCUGCGGAGCUCGGAGGAAGGGUGUUCUGCGGACUGGUGUUAUGGAGAGGGGCUCUGCGAGGUCAGCUCCACCUGCGAGGACGACCAGGACGGCUGCCCGGAGCCAGCGUGGGGGGCCCUGUCCCCUGCCCCUGCCCAGGAGGCAGAGCAGCUGCCCCAAGGCAGCCUGGCCAAUAAGGAAUUCCUAUCCUCUCGUCCAGCCUUCAGAGACGUUCCAGGCCCCUGUGACCCGGAGGAUCUGCUGGAUGGUGUGAUCUUCGGGGCAAAGUACCUGGGCUCCACACAGCUUGUCUCAGAGAGGAACCCCCCCACCACUGUCCGCAUGGCACAGGCCCAAGAGGCUGUGGACAGGAUCAAGGCACCAGAGGGGGAGUCCCAGCCCAUGACGGAGGUGGACUUGUUUGUCUCCACACAAAGGAUCAAGGUGCUCACAGCUGACACCCAGGAGGCCAUGAUGGAUCACUCCCUGCAGACCAUCUCCUACAUCGCUGACAUCGGCUCCCUUGUAGUGCUCAUGGCGCGACGGAAACUGCCCCGGCAGGUGGAGGCUGCGGAGCAGAAGCGGCUCUACAAGAUGAUCUGCCAUGUCUUCCACUCCGCUGAUGCGCAGGUUAUCGCACAGGCCAUUGGCCAGGCCUUCGGCGUGGCCUACCAGCGCUUCCUGGAGGCCAACAGCAUCGACCCAAGCGAGCUGAGCCCUCGGCAGUACAGCCAUGCCCUGGAGGACCAGGAGCACUACAACGCGGAGCUCACCCACUUCUCCAGGCAGGAGAACUGCAAGGAUGUCUGCAUCCGGAAGCAAAAGGGGGAGGUCCUGGGCAUUGCCAUCGUGGAGUCAGGCUGGGGCUCCAUCGUGCCCACCGUGGUCAUCGCCAACCUCAUGCACGGGGGCCCUGCGGAGAAGUCCGGCGAACUGAGCAUCGGGGACCGCCUCAUGUCCGUCAACGGGACGAGUCUGGUGGGGCUGCCCCUCACCACCUGCCAGAGCAUCAUCCGGGAGCUGAAGCACCAGACAGAGGUGACACUGAACAUAGUACACUGUCCCCCUGUCACCACAGCUGUUAUCCGGCGCCCCGACUCCAAGUACCAGCUGGGCUUCUGCGUCGAGAAUGGCGUGAUCUGCAGCCUGAUGCGCGGUGGCAUCGCGGAAAAAGGUGGCAUACGCGUGGGGCACCGCAUCAUCGAGAUCAAUGGGCAGAGCGUGGUGGCAACGCCACAUGAGAAGAUCAUCCAGAUCCUCACUCAGGCUGUCAGCGAGGUGCACAUCAAGACGAUGCCGGCCUCCACGUACCGCCUGCUGACGGGGCAGGAGCAGCCCGUCUUCCUGUGAGCCGCUGCCGGCGCC